UACCUCGUCGUCACAAUCAAGCGCGCGCCAUCGCCAUCGCCCUCUGCCAACACGCCCGACACGUACCAAUGGCCACCGCCCGGUCGCGGUGGAGGCCCUUCACGGCCUCCUCCCCCUCGCCGCCUUCCUCCGCCUCCUCCUCCCCCUCCUCCUCCUUCACCGCCACCAUGGACCCGCCGCCGGAGUUCCUCUGCCCCAUCUCCGGCACGCUCAUGGCCGACCCCGUCAUCGUCCCGCCGGGCCGCACCAUCGAGCGCGCCUGCAUCCAGGCCUGCGCCGCGCUCGCCUUCUACCCGCCCGCCGUCGCCGACCUCCCGUCCUCCCCGCUCGUGCUCAUCCCCAACGUCGCGCUCCGCUCCGCCAUCCUCAACUGGUGCGAGCGCCUCGGCCUUCCCCACCCUUCCCCGCUCUCCCUCGACACCGCCGGCGACAUCGUCCGACGCCUCAUGCCGCAGUCGAGGUCGCAGUCUCAGUACGGGCCGCCGCGCCAGGAGCAGUCCAGGUCGCAGUCUCAGUACGGGCCGCCGAGCCAGGAGCAGAGGUCGUCGCAGUUUCAGUACGAUCCACCGAGCCAGGAGGAGAGGCCGCAGUCCAACUACGGGCGGCCACCACAGCCCGCCUCCGUCCGGACAAGAAACCGCUCUGUCUCAGGCGACGACUUUCCGCAGGAGCCCAAGCAGAGGAGCGGUUCCGUGGAGGAGGAGAUCAUGGCCGUGCUCGGCGCAACGGACACCAGCCCAACUGAGCAGAGGGAGGCGAUGGCGUCGCUGCGGCAGGCGACGCGGGAGACCAGGGAGAUGCGGCUGCAGCUCUGCACGCCGCGCCUGCUCGCGGCGCUCCGGCCGAUGCUGCUGUCCGGGGACGCCGGCAUCCAGGCCAACGCGGCGGCGGCCAUGGUGAACCUGUCGCUCGAGGCGGAGAACAAGGUGCGGAUCGUGCGGUCCGGGGCGGUGUCGCCGCUCGUGGACGUGCUGCGGGUCGGCCACCCGGAGGCGCGGGACCACGCGGCCGGCGCGAUCUACAGCCUGGCCGUGGAGGACGAGAACCGCGCGGCCAUCGGCGUGCUCGGCGCGAUCCCGCCGCUGCUGGAGCUCUUCGCGAGCGGCGGCGCGGGGCACCGCGCGCGGCGGGAGGCCGGCAUGGCGCUGUACCACGUCUCCCUCGCCGGGAUGAACCGGUCCAAGAUCGCGCGCACGCCGGGGGUCGUGCGGACGCUGCUGGCCACGGCGGAGGCGCGGGGCCGCGGGAGCGGCGAGGCCGACGCGGACGCCGCCGCGCUGCGGAAGCUGUCGCUGAUGAUCCUCGCGAACCUAGCCGGGUGCCCGGAAGGUCGGGCCGCGCUGAUGGACGGCGGCGCGGUGGCCGCCGUGGUCGGGGUCAUGCUCAGCGGCGCCGCGGCGCCGGGGAGCUCGGAGGAGGAGUACUGCAUAUCGGCGCUGUACGGGAUGAGCAAGGGAAGCCUGAGGUUCCGCGGGCUCGCGCGCGCGGCCGGCGUCGAGGAGGCGCUGGCGCCGGUGACGGAGUGCGACGGCGGCGGGGUCGGGCGGGACAUGGCGCGGCGCACGCUCCGGGCAAUGCGCGGGGAGGACGACGAGAUGCCGUUCACGGCGUCGGGGAUACUGGGGAGCCAGUGGGGCGACGCGAGCAUCGUGUCGGAGGGGCUGGUCUCGCUCCGGCGGCCGCCGCACCAACGGGGAGGCAACCACGGCGGGACGUCCGGGUCAAACACCACCCAGUUCUGACAAAGUCAAAAGUCUUCUCCUUGCGCGCGCGCGCGCACGCCUCUUGUUUAUUCCAGUGUUUGGAGCAGCUGGCUGGUAUUCCUUCCCCAUUAGCCCAUACAGUUGGAACUUCUGGUGUUCGUGGAGAUGCUUAGCUGAAUUCUUUUGUUCCAAUUGAACUGUAAUUUUAUUGGAUCUAUGUAGGUGUUCGUUCAUGUUGUGUAAAUGUAAUUGUGAUUAAAGAAGAAACAACGGUACAUUUGUCA